UCAACGGGAGUGGGCCCAAUCUCGUUCUCAAAUCCGUUCUCGAUGGACUGUACGGGAGCGAAGCAGGCCUCAACUACGGGACGUGGAUGGCCUUCAACUUCCCAGGGAUGUUGCUCAACGUCCUCAUCGCCUGGAUCUGGCUUCAGAUCAUCUUCUUCUUCGGCCAAUGGAGGGAGAGGCGGAAGCACCCGGAGAGAAUCGUGCCGAGUCGAAGCGAAGCGGCGAAGGCGGAGGCGGCGGCUCGCGGAAUCAUCGCCAAGGAAUACCAGGAAUUGGGGUCCAUGUCCUUCCACGAGGUCACGACGCUCGUCCUCUUCGUCGCCCUCGUCGCCCUCUGGCUCUCGAGGGAACCGCAGAUCGUUCCCGGAUGGGCCGACUGGGUCAAAGGGGACGGGUACGUGGACGUCGGAGACGCAACUGCUGCGAUGUUUAUCGUCUUUCUCUUCUUCGUGAUCCCCGCGAAACCAAACUUCUGGUGCUUCCGGGAAUCUCCAGACUCGCCUUCCAAGACCGGUGGGGCCCUCCUGAACUGGAAGGUCCUCCACGAUAGGAUCCCCUGGGGGGUGAUCCUGCUCCUCGGUGGCGGCUUCGCCGUGGCGGAGGCCGCGGAGGAAUCGUGUCUCUCGUAUUGGCUGGGGCAGCAGUUGAGGAGCCUGGGGUCUCUGCGUCCGGCGUUGCUCGUCUACAUCGUCACUAUCUUCACGACGGCUCUGACGGAGGUCACUUCCAACACUGCGACUGCGACUAUACUCAUGCCCGUUCUGGCUCAGCUCGCAAGCGCGGUGAAGGUGCAUCCUCUGUACCUGAUGCUGCCCUCGGCCGUGGCCUGCUCCUACGCCUUCAUGCUCCCCGUGGCCACCCCGCCCAACGCCAUCGUCUUCGAGGCGGGCCGCAUGAAGACCCGCAACAUGAUCCAGACGGGGUUUGCGAUGAACGUGAUCUGCGUGUCGGUGAUUAACUUGAUGAUCAACACGCUGGGAGAUCACCUCUUCGACUUCUCCAGAUAUCCCGACUGGGCGGAAUCCGGAAGCAGUUCCGUUUCCUCCUCCGCCUCGCACUGCAAUUACACUCUCUCUUAG